AUGGCAAGCAGUCGACGUAUGACCAUUCGUGGUGUUCAUUAUCGCAUUGAGCAACAAAUCGGCCAUGGUCUUCAUAGUCUUGUAUAUGGUGGUCGAGAUUUACGAAAUGGUCGGCCAGUAGCUAUUAAAAUAAUCAAUUUUCUUCAUGGAUCAUAUUCUGUCAAAGCAGAUACUGAAUCUCGACGACAAUCAUAUUGGAAAGAACUUCAAAUGCUUUUAUAUUUACAACCAUUAAAUCCUUAUAUUAUACGUGUAUUAAAUCAUGAUCAUAAUGAACGUCAUGGAAUUAUUGUUAUGGAACGUGGUGAAACACUACGUGAUACACUUAUGGAUCAUGUACUUAGUGGAAAACCAUUACCACCAUCUCAAGCACAUAGAUUUUGGUCACAAAUGGUUGAAUCAAUUUAUUAUAUGCAUUCAAUAGGAAUUGUUCAUGGUGAUGUUAAACCUGAAAAUUUCAUUCAGCUUGGAGCUGAUGGAUCAGUUCUAAGAUUGAUUGAUAUGGGAAUUAGUUUUCAUUUACCACCAAAUGUAACUAGUCGUUUAAAAACCGCUGCAGGCACACCAGAUUAUGUAUCUCCUGAAAUGGUUAAUUCUCGUAUCGGUAUGAGUUCACGAUCAAAAACAGGUUACAAAGCUGAUAUAUGGGCACUUGGUGUUAUUCUUUUUGAAAUGGCAUUCGGUUAUCGUCCAUUACAAUCUCUACGUAGUAAUGAAGCAAAAUUAAAUUUUUUAGGUAAAUUACGACGAGAUAUAACUAUACCAAGUCAUCCUGAUAAACAACUACGUGAUGUAUUGAAACGUUGUUUACGUGCAAAUCCUCGUCGACGUCCGAAUGCUGAAGAAGUAUUUAAUCAUCCGUACGUGAGCGGUAAACGUAAAUAA